GGCCAGUCGUGUGGGGACUUGAGUUCUUAAUGCAGUGGUCAUACAGGGACCAGGCCUUGGGGGGCAUCCUCCGGAAUGUCAGUUUUACAGUUAUCAAUGCACGAUUCUCCUUGCCCUCAUCGAGAACUAUAAAGAUAACCAGAAGGCCACAGCUACAUGGUAUUUUGGUGGAAGACAAGCUUUAACAGUGCACAACUAGCCCCUCACAUUUCUUCAAUUCCGUCCCAGACCAGAGCUACUAUAUCUGAUCCAAUCUUCGCAAACGUGCUUCAAUCAUGAUCAUUGCUACGUGCAAACAGACCCGCUUCCAUCUCCACGACAAGGCGUCACAAGAGGUCGAUGUGGAGGGUUUGACUAUCGCGGUUUCAUCUACCUUGAAUGGAGACAAUGCUUCAAUAUCGAAACCUAAAGGAAGAUCAAAGGCCAAGGCCGAAGCCAGGGAACUUAUAGUUGAUGCACAUCUGCGUCUCAAAGCAGGUGUCUGCUACGGGUUGAUAGGCCGAAAUGGAACUGGCAAGUCAACACUUCUGCGAGCCAUGGCCGACAAGCUUGUGCCGGGUAUACCGCAUGCCACCCGUAUCGCAAUCCUGCAACAGACCAAUACUCAAACACAGGAUAGCCUCGAUAUUCAACAUGGGGAUAACAACAAUGAUGGUACACAGCGGAAAGUGCUGGAGUAUGUCAUGAGCAGCGAUCGAUAUAGAAAUGAAGUGACUCACAAAAUGAACUUGUUGUCCAAGAGCUUCGAGUCAGAUGAUCCAUUGCAGCCUGUGAGGGCCAUUCGAACCGUCCGCCAUGCAGAUGCAGAAAGAGAUCUUUUCCUGGCUCAAAAGAUGGCACAUCUGAAGAGCGGAGCAAGAGGCUUGCAAGCACGGAAGGAAUUGAAAACUGCCGAAUCUAGGAAAAACAUUUCCUCCAAGCUGUUGUACCAGACAAAGGAGACAAUGGAAGCAAACGAAAUCCAGGAGGACACCCAAGCUGCACUGGACACUUUACAAGACCUACAGUCUCAGUUCGAAGCCGUGAAUGUUGUCGACACCGAACAACAAGCCCGUCAAAUCCUGACCGGUCUCGGUUUCCAAGAGGCGACGCUUAAUAAAAGCUUCUCGGAAUUGUCUGGUGGCUGGCGUAUGCGGUGUAUGCUAGCCAGCAUAUUAAUCCAGAAUCCAGAUGUCAUGAUUCUCGAUGAGCCGACGAAUUUUCUCGAUCUACUGGGCGUUGUCUGGUUGGAGAAAUACCUUCAGCAACUGCGCGAAACUUCACGAACGACUUUGUUGAUAGUAUCACACGAUAGGGACUUUUUGAAUGCUGCCUGUGAAGAGAUAAUCAUUCUGCGGGAUCAAAAGCUCUCUUACUUCAAAGGAAAUCUCUCCGCGUACGAGAAAGAUCUCGAGGAGCAGAAGCUGUACUGGGGCCGUAUGAAAGAAGCCCAAGACCGUCAAAUUGCACACAUGGAAGCUACCAUCCGCGACAACAUCAAACUAGGGAAGAAGACGAACGACGAUAACAAGUUGCGAAUGGCCAAGUCACGGCAGAAGAAGAUCGAUGAUCGGAUGGGUAUCCAGGUCAGCGCGACUGGCGGACGCUUCAAACUAAACCGGGAUCUUGUUGGCUAUCAUCUAACAGCACGGGCGGAAAUUGAGGUUCCAACAGAUGAACGCGGCGCCACAAUGAUUUUUCCAGAGGCUUCUGAGUUGCGAUUUCCUGGACCUCUGAUAUCCUUGGAAGGGGCUGUUUUCAGGUACCAUCCGCGCGAUGCUCCGGUAUUGAAUAAAAUUGAUCUUGUGAUGCACAUGGGGGAUCGUGUGGGCAUCCUGGGACUCAACGGAAGCGGGAAAUCAACCCUGGUGCGUCUCCUGGCCGGAGGAACUAUGCCGACACAAGGCAAGGUGACAACCCAUUCAAGGUUGAAGAUUGGAUACUACGCACAGCAUUCGAUCGAGGAGCUUCAGGAACAAGGCCUGUCAGACCAUGACCUGACUGCGUUAGCGUUGAUGGCACAAGAGACCAAUGGAUCGCUGAGUGAAGGUGAACUCAGGGGUAUGUUAGCGGCAUUAGGGCUCCAGGGCAGGAUAGUAUCCGAAGUGCCAAUACAUCGACUUUCAGGAGGCCAAUUGGUCCGUCUCUCACUCGCAAAAGUCCUGUGGAAUUCCCCACACCUGCUCAUUCUGGAUGAGGUUACCACUCAUCUGGAUUUCUACACAGUCACAGCUCUUUCGUCCGCCCUCUCGAGAUUCAAUGGGGCCAUUCUGCUAAUCUCACACGACCGUUUCUUAGUCCGAUCGGUAGUUGAGGGAAAGCGGGACCUAGAGCAUGGUCUAGAUGAGAAUUUUGAAGGCAUCGAAGAAGGAUCUGAUGAACAGCCGAGUCGAAGACGGGCUGUGUAUGUGCUGAAAGCGGGCGAGCUCCAGGAACAGGCGAGUGGCGUGGAGCAGUUCGAACAAAGCCUGGUUCGGCGGGUUCGCAAAAUGCUAUCCCCACCGGGGUGACAGGUUGCACCGGGUGCCUGACUGCAGAGAAACCUGUAGGAAGGCAAAUCCCUAGGUAGGUAGUCGAAUGGAAGUGACGAAAUGCCCCUGGGUCAGGGACGGGGGGUGAAUGGCAGCCCUAUGCGGGGGGGCGAAGAUCUCGGCCCGUUGCCUAAUCACGUUGCCGUCCCACGAAUCCCGCCGCGCUCGACCCAACCGUUUUUUUUUUCUUGCCGCCCUCCUUUGCUUCUUUCCUUUCCUCUUGUCAUCAACAAGAAUUGUCCCAUCCUAAUCCUGAUUGUCGAAAUGUCCGCUGAAAUGGAAUAACACACGCUUUUCCCCCGCUAUACCCCUGAGCUUGCCUAAACUAUUCGAGACUAGGACAGCCCGCUAAACCACACUCUAUUGUUGCGCCCCCUGCU